AUGGGAAAAAGGUUUAUGCUUUUUUUUUUAGCAACUAUUCUGAUAGUUAAUGCUAAUGUAUUAUAAAAACUUCCUGGUUUGAAUAUUGAUCUUGUUGGAACCACUGUUUCUGGUAUUUCUUCAGGAGCUUACAUGUCAGGUUAAAUCCAUAUAGCUCUGUCCUCUUUUAUUAAAGGAUCAGCAAUAGUAGCAGGUGGUCCUGUUGGAUGCACUAGAGGCUAUCUUAUAUAUGCAACAACUGAAUGUAUGUCAAACCCUUAAGAUUUAAAUAUCAAAUCUGUUGAUGAAUCAAUAGAUAAACUAAACAAGGAUUAAAAAAUUGAUGAUGUCUCUAACUUGAAAGGCGCUAAAUCAUACAUUUUCGCUGGCUUAAAAGACACAACUGUACUCCCUCUAAACGGUGUACACUUAUAAGAUUAACUUACUAAACUUGGUGUUCAGUUAAAAACUGUUUAUGAUAUCCCUGCAGAACACGCUUAUAUUACAAAUGGUUUCGGAAAUGUUUGUGACUUUAAAGGAUCUCCUUACAUAAAUAAUUGUAGCUACAAUUAAGCUUAUGAGAGUCUUAAUUAUUUAUAUAAUGGAAAAUUAAAAGCUGGUACCAAAGCAGUUGAUUCUAAUCUCUUUGAAUUUAAUUAACAAAACUAUUUUUCUAGCUUUAUGACAUCAUUAUACUCAAGUGGUUACGUAUAUAUUCCCACUAAUUGUGCUGAUGGUAAAAAGAAGUGCCGUCUUCAUAUCAAUUUCCAUGGCUGUAAGCAAUCUGUUGAGGUUUUAGGUACAAACUACAUUAAAAUGAUAGGCAUUAAUGAUGUAGCUGAAGCCAACGACAUUGUUGUACUAUAUCCUUAAACAACUAAAAGCCCUGUUUUCCCUUUCAACCCUGAGGGUUGCUGGGAUUGGUGGGGAUACACUGAGUGGAAUUCAAUGUUAGCACCUACUGGAUACUAUAAUUUUAAUUCUGCAGGCUUAAACUUUUUAAGCAAAGAGGCCCUCCAAAUUAAAUCAGUAUGGCAAAUGGCAUAAGACUUAGCUUCAGUAAAAAAAGCAUCUGAAAAACUUGAAUAAGAAUGA